GUCUCUGAACACUGCAAGAGAACAUUUGAGAAGCAAAGGUGGAGUGAGGGAGCUGCGGCAGCAGCAGAGUGCCCCGUGCUACAGUGAAAAAGAGGUGAAGAACACAGGGUAGAGCCAUGGCAGCAUGGGGCCUCCUUCUCCUCCUCCUGUGGGUGGUCUCCUUGGCCCAGGGCUCGUCCUUGUUCUCUGGUCAGCGCCACCGCACCCGUCUGCAGAGGGACCGUCAAGCACGCAACAACGUCCGACCCAACAUAAUCAUCAUCCUCACCGAUGACCAGGACAUUGAACUGGGCUCAAUGCAGGCCAUGAAUAAAACACGGCGUAUCAUGGAGCAGGGAGGCACCCAUUUCUCUAAUGCCUUCUCCACCACUCCCAUGUGCUGCCCGUCACGCUCCUCUAUUCUGACAGGGAAGUACGUUCACAACCACCACACCUUCACCAACAACGAGAACUGUUCCUCACCCUCCUGGCAGGCCCACCAUGAGCCUCACACCUUCGCUGUGCACCUUAACAACUCAGGGUACAGGACGGCGUUAUUUGGGAAGUACCUGAAUGAGUACAACGGCUCCUAUGUGCCCCCUGGCUGGAGGGAGUGGGUAGCGCUGGUGAAGAACUCUCGCUUCUACAACUACACUCUGUGCAGGAACAGCGUGCGGGAGAAGCAUGGCAGCCAAUAUCCAAAGGACUAUCUCACAGACAUCAUCACCAAUGACAGCAUCAACUACUUCCGCUCGUCCAAGAGGAUGUACCCCCACCGACCAGUGAUGAUGGUCCUGAGCCACGCUGCCCCCCAUGGGCCGGAGGACUCAGCACCACAGUACAGCACUGCCUUCCAGAAUGCCUCGCAGCACAUAACCCCAAGCUAUAACUACGCCCCUAACCCAGACAAACAUUGGAUCCUGCGCUACACAGGCCCCAUGAAACCUGUCCACAUGCAGUUCACGAACAUGCUGCAGCGCCGGAGGAUGCAGACCCUGCUGUCUGUGGACGACAGUGUGGACAAGGUGUACAACAUGCUGGUGGAGACAGGUGAGUUGGACAACACCUACAUUAUCUACACAUCAGACCACGGCUACCAUAUUGGUCAGUUCGGCCUGGUCAAAGGCAAGUCCAUGCCAUAUGAGUUUGACAUCCGGGUGCCCUUCUUCAUACGAGGCCCCAACGUGGAGGCAGGAGCCAUUAACCCUCAUGUGGUGCUGAACAUUGACCUGGCUCCCACACUGUUGGACAUGGCCGGAGUGGACGUUCCCUCUGACAUGGACGGCAAAUCCAUCCUCAAACUCCUGGACACAGACAAACCUGUCAACAGGUUCCAGGUGAACAAGAAGGGGAAGAUGUGGAGGGACUCCUUCCUGGUAGAGAGAGGGAAGCUGCUCCACAAGAGGUCUGAUGGGAAGGACUUGGCCCAGGAGGAGAACUUCCUGCCAAAGUACCAGCGGGUCAAAGACCUGUGUCAGAGAGCACAGUACCAGAGCUCCUGUGAACAGCCAGGACAGAAGUGGCAGUGUGUGGAGGACCCUUCUGGUAAGCUGAGUCUGUAUAAGUGUAAGGGCAUGGCAAGUCUCUAUGCCUCACGUAUGCAGGCUCUGAUGGCCAGCAGCGGGUCCCAGCAGUGGGUUGGACGUGUCUCCGAUGCUGGAGACAGCUGUGACUGUGGCCCCCUAGGUCCCAAACAUUCACCCCUGAAGAGAAAGAGACUGCUCACCAAGAAUAAGGUAAAGUCCGGUAAGAGUCUGACUAAGAACCGUUGGGCCCGGUCCAUUCCAUUUGAGCUGGAUGGAGACAUGUAUGCUGUGGACCUGGUUGAAGGCUACAGGCCCGUGGGCCUCAGGAACACCAGCUGGCCUGGGGAGAGGAGGAGAGGAGCGGGCCUGCUGGAGGACAACGAUGAGGAGUUCAGUGGCAUGGGAGUCACAGCCAGACCCCCAACCAACAAGAGCCUUACACCAACUGCCGCUCUUAAAGUCACCUACAGGUGCUCCAUCCUGAUGAAUGACACAGUCAGGUGUGAUGGAGGACUCUACAAAUCCCUCCAGGCCUGGAAAGACCAUAAGCUCCACAUUGAGCAUGAGAUUGAAACCUUGCAGACGAAAAUAAAGAAUCUGCGUGAGGUCAAGGGUCACCUGAAGAAGGUUCGGCCUGAAGAGUGCCAGUGUAACACCCCCAGUUACCUAUCCAAAAACAAAGGGAUGUUCAGACUCAAUGCAGGUCGCAUUUACUCACUCAGCAAAAUGCCCUCUAAGCAGAAGAAGCAGUGGCUGAUGAAGGAGCAGAAACACAGGAAGAAGCUCCGUAAACUGCUCAAGAGGCUCCGCAACAAUGACACCUGCAGCAUGCCUGGUCUCACCUGCUUCACCCACGACAACCAGCACUGGCAGACAGCCCCCUUCUGGACAAUGGGUCCAUUCUGUGCUUGUACCAGCGCAAACAACAACACCUACUGGUGCCUGAGGACCAUCAACGACACACACAACUUCAUAUUCUGCGAGUUCGCUACAGGCUUCAUAGAGUACUUUGAUCUGAACAAUGACCCAUACCAGUUGAUAAAUGGGGUUAGCACCUUGGACCGCACUGCUCUCAACCAGAUGCACCAGCAGCUUAUGGAACUGAGGAGCUGCAAAGGCCACAAGCAAUGCAACCCAGAGACAGGUAGUAAAGACAGAAACUCCUUCAGUGAAUACAGGCCAGUUCAGCGUCGAAAGAAGCCAAAAGUGAAGAAGCCCUCCUCCAAAUCGCUAGGGCAGAUUUGGGAAGGAUGGGUUGGUUAGCAACCUGUGUCACACAAUCCACCAUAUCGCAGUGUGCCAACAGAGGACAACCAGAACUACUGGAGAACCUGAGGACCUUGUACAGACUUCAUGGGGAUGUAACCUGAAAUAGCAUUAUUGUAGGAGUUUAUGGAAGAGGAUGCUGAUCCAACAUUAGCUACCACUGAUACUCAGAUCAUCAUCCAGAAGAGAAAAUACUGAAACAGCCAAGAAAAUGAAAACUAUAACCUCUCCCGUCGUCUUUCUCUCUGUCUCACACACACACACACACACACACACACACACACACACACACACACACACACACACACACACACACACACACACACACACACACACACACACACACACACACACACACAGGAAUGUCCUUACCGCUCCUAUCUCCCCAGAUCUCAGGACCACCAACCUGAGUUGGAGACUCAUCAGUUGAGCGUGGAUACACUCUGAAUCUUUACUUUGACUUUCAACAAGUGAACAGUGAACAGUGAACGUGAGGUGUGUUUAAUGUUAGUUUCUCGUAAACGCCUUAACAUUGGGUGCCGAGAUUAGCUUAAUGUCAACUCUGCUGCUACAACCUGACGUGUAUCAUCCCUUAUGGCCUUGUGCCAUUAGUAUAUGGUAUAUGAUGUCAGGCAAUUACAUCAAAUCAAGCUUUGCACACUCACAGCAUGAAAAGUACUGUCAACAAAACAUCAGUACCCUGGAAACUCUCCUCAAGGCCCACAACUCAAGACUCCUCACCUCCUUUUGUUGGUGCUACGGCUACAGAAUGAUUCCUCCAGGACAUGUACUCCAUUCUUUUGUAUUGUAACUAAUAUUAACGUUGAUCAAAUUUCAUGCAAGGAUUAUUUACAGCCCCCAAGAAUGAGGCAGGUGUGAUGACGACAAACACCAGACUGUAUGGGGAUGAAGCUGGUUAGGAUAUGACACAUCACAUCAUCAUCUAGCUUAUCCCCCCUAGUUCACUACAAACUCAGGAUGGGACUUCUCUAACCAAUACCCCACCCUCCUAGACAAUGGUACAAACAAUUGGUAUAAACAUCUACACACCAGCAGAACGCUUACAUUUCAUUAGUGGAUGUCAUUUUACUCCUUUGUAUUGCUAAUGACACCAGCUAGGUCUGGUCAGGUUAGUUUGUUCAGCUUGCUAUACAUGGUGCUAUGAUAACAUUGUGAAAAUAAGGACUUGCUGUACAGUAUGUAUUUGAAUGUAUGUUGUGCAGUUAAUUUUUAUAAUACUGAAAAGGAGGCAGACUUCUCUUUUGUGUUCGAUAUGAGUUGACAAAUUUGACCUUUUAGAUAAGAACUUAGCCUGAUGAAUUGUCCUAGUUCUGUAUUUGUCCGUUUGUUCUCUCUGCACAUCUUUCUGAAUUUCUUCUCUGCUCUGUCAAAACCCACUUUUAGUUUGAAAAAAAAAAGACAUAUUUAUGAUGAAAAAGCACAUAGAAAAUAUUCACUGUGAAAAGAAUUCCCUGUAAAAUGACUCUGCUCGUCUGCUGUACACAACAGUAAACAACACAACAAUGUAAUGCAGCUUGACAUGCAUAUUCAUUAUAUUGCCUUUUUAUGCUUUCUUCAUUUCUUAGCAGUGACACUCCAAUAGCAGAGAGUUGUAAUAGUGAGUAACUGUGAAUAAAGUGUUG